AUGGACAUACACACAGAAUGGUGCCAGUACUAUAAACAAUUGUCCUUGCUAAACAACAUCACUUUCCAAAGGAAGACCGUUAUCAACUCACCAGUCGAAAUCGAAUUACAUGGUUUCUGCGAUGCUAGCGAGAGAGCUUACGGAGCUUGCAUCUAUGUCCGUUCAAUGGACGCGAACGGACAUAUAAACGUAGAGCUUCUCUUCGCAAAGUCAAAGGUUGCCCCGUUAAAAACGCAAUCGGUACCCCGGCUCGAGCUGUGUGGAGCGCUGCUUCUCACCUCGCUCAUCGCUACUGCCAAGAACGCGUUGCACGUGGAAAUCCACAAUGCCACCUUAUGGACCGAUUCCACCAUCGUCAUCAACUGGCUACAAACUUCACCACACCUUCUGAAGACAUUCGUCGCAAACAGGGUAUCCGAAAUUCAAACUAGAACUGACAUCGCGAAUUGGCGACACGUUCCGACGAAUGACAACCCCGCGGAUCUCAUUUCGCGCGGUCAAACGCCAGAAGAGUUCCUCCGACCAUCCAUCUGGCAUCACGGUCCAGAGUGGCUCGCCAAGGACAAAUCUCGAUGGCCAAACCAUGAAAUAGUUCCACCCAACAUCGUCCCGGAGCAAAAGACAGCAGCUUGUCUAACUACGACAUCGUUAGACACGAGCAUCUUCGAAAAUUAUUCGUCGUGGGGAAAGAUGCAACGGGUCGUCGCGCGCUGUCUUAGAUGGAAAAGGACAUACAACGAAAAGGGUAGCCUGACAGUGUCCGAAAUCAGGAAUGCCAACGACAUCCUAAUAAAACUUUUGCAAAGCUUGCACUUUUCAAAAGAAUUACAAUGUCUGACUACCAACAAAUCAGAAGUCGGUGGAAAAUUGCAACGUCUCAACCCAUUCAUCGACAAGGACGGGAUAUUGCGAGUCGGAGGACGACUGAAACACUCCUUAAUGCCAUUUUCGCAACGGCAUCCCAUCAUCUUACCAAAGGCACGCGUGACGGGACUGAUCAUAGAAGCCGAGCAUCGUGCUCAACUGCACACCGGCGUACAAAACACGCUAUAUACGGUUAGGCGCCGAUACUGGCCCAUUGACGGUUGA